AUGACUAUCACGAGCCCGACCCCGACUAGCUUUCGGCGCAUCAGUGCCAAAGCCCCGGUCGAGCAGAUUCUGGAGAUGUUCCGCGAGGACGGCGGCAUCGUGGUGGAAGAUUUCUUCACCCCGGAGCAGAUUGCCAAGAUGAACCGCGAGAUCGACCCCCAUCUGGCUAAGGUGACCUGUGGCACCCACCGCGAGGUCGAGGAGGAGGCGUGGAUCACCGAGUUCCACGGGGCCAACACCCGCCGCCUCAGCAACCUGCCCACCCUCAGCAAGACCUUCCGCGACGAGGUCCUCAACUACGACCUCCUCCACCAGAUCUGCGAGGCGGUCUUCCGCAAGGAGUCCGGCGACUACUGGAUGUGCACCGCGCAGGUAAUCGAGAUCGGCCCCCACAGCAAGGCCCAGGAACUGCACCGUGACACGGCCGAGUUCCCCGGGUUGACCAAAUUGGGGCCCCGCAUGGAUGAGAUCCAGAUCAGCUUCUUCACGGCGCUGACCGACUUCACCGCGGACAACGGGGCGACCCGGGGCAUCCCCAAGAGCCACCUGUGGGAGAACUACGAGGACUGGGGCCGCGACGAGGAUGCGGUGCCGGCCGUCAUGAAGGCCGGCGACGUCUUCUUCUUCACCGGCCGGCUGUGCCACGGCGGCGGCGAGAACCGCACCGAGGACUUCUGGCGCCGCGGGAUUUCGCUUUGCUUCCAGGCGAGCUAUCUCACCCCCGAGGAGUGCUACCCCCUGAUCAUGCCCCGCGAGAUCGUCGAAUCCAUGACACCGUUGGCGCAGAAGAUGUGCGCGUGGCGCUCGCAGUAUCCGACGUUGGGUGGAGGGUUGUGGCAGCAUAACUACAGCGAGGUGGCUGACGCUAUUGACCUGAAGGCCAACCAACCGCUAAAGCAAUGA